AGCAUACUAGGGCAGAGAGCUCCAGAAGCCGUUCUUCUUUUGGAAAAGCUGGUCGGUGUCCUAAUUCCAAACCCUUCGGAGAUCGCAGCUGCUGGAGGAAGUUCAGUAGUCAUCUCUGGUAUUCUGGAAGAUUCAACGCUAUCUGCUUUUAUAGGUCAGACAGCCACUGAACAAGCGGAUUAUAUGGAGGAUUGGAAGAAUAACAAAACUUUUACCAUCGAACAACGGAGAAAUACGACAAGUCGAACUCCAGUUACCCAACAAACACACAACCAAGAGACCAAUCAACUUAUUCAUCCUUUGGAGCUAGACCAAGAAGAAACCAUGUCACAACGAAACAAUGCGAACGGUGACACCAAACCCUACUACACUUCGAUCAUGCAUCUUAACACGACAUCACACAAAACAGACCAAGAAGGCAAAGAAUACAAAAUUAUCCUUACUCAAAUGAAGAAUACCAACUUAAUGAUGAACACACGAGAAGCAACAAAGCAACUCAAGCAAGAAGAUUUAAAUACGAGAAUCCGUUUGAUGUUCGAAGAACGAGAAGUUCAACGUCGACUAGACAGCGUCUACGACGACACAUGCCAGUUACUCCAAAAAGCCUCCAGCAUCACACCUCAUUCGAAAAGCUUAGAAAAAGUGGUGCCCAAUUCAACCCUGGUCCAAUUAGCUGUCAAAUAUAUGAUGAAAUCACAAAACUCGAUUACGACGUCCAAACUACCUAGUUGA